AUGAACGGGAAAUAUUUAGUAAAAAAGUUUUUACCUAACAUAUCGUUUGUUCGUGCUAGCUUCACACCGAUAACUAUCGGUCUACAAGAAGAAUUCAAAUCGUUUUGGCAACAACAACAUUCACACCGUCGCUCUACCAUCGAAAAUUCUGACUCUCUCAAUCACGAAUGUCGUUGUGAAACAUGCAUCGAGAAGAACACAUCGGAACCAUGGUCUCUACAAGAUGCAAUAGAAUACUCGUUCAAUGAAUAUUUACUAAAAUUACUCACCGAAGGAGAUUUUCAUAUCGGAUUAGAUGAAAAAUUAGUCUGUCAUGAUCAAACUCAACAAGAAUAUCGUCGUGCGCUCACAGCUUAUGCAUUAAACGGCUGUUUAUCGAUGCAACGCAUAAUUAUCUCGAUGAAAGGAAAAAGCUUUCAAUUUGAACGAACGAUCAACGAAUUCAUCGAACCAACGUUUUCCUUCUCACCGAUCAACGAUGUCGAUGAUGAUGACGACGAUAUCUUCGAGCGACAAAGAAAUUCGCCAGAAAUCGAAUAA